AUGAGUCAGACUACAACUUCCAAGCAAAGGAAGAACGUCUCCGUGGACUUUGAGAAUCUAGCCGUGCCUAAAGGCCGAGCAUCUUCGGUCUCAGCGCAGACUAUCGUGGACGAAAAUCCAGACUUCGCAGUCAGGCGAGCACCUGUCCAAAGACGCGGUACUCAUGUUGCCCUGGUGAAAGUUUCGUGGUGGGAUGUCUUUAAGGCCACUAUUUUUGGCACGAAAAACUUGAAGAGACAUCUGGCGGCUACUGUUGAGUGGGCUGAGGUCGAAGGCUCUCACGCAGAGUUCUUCGAUGAAGGGGAGAACUGGUAUAAACUCAUAGUAUCUGCCUACAAACGCGAGGGCCGCGAGUUCAUUCCAGUACGAUGUGUCCUCGAUACUGGGUGUUCUCAAGGGAACAUUAUCUCUACAAAGCUUGCGCAGCGUCUUGGGUUCAGCGAUUCCGACUACCUGCCGCUGACACCCAGGGAAGAAAACGGCGGCAUGGUUGCCACAGGUCAUACACAUAAGGUGUUGGGUUGUAUACGUGUGUCAUGGUUCUCAGAGACGAGCCCAAAGGUGUUCAACAAUAUGCGCUUCCUUGUCUCAGAGACGGCGGAUGUUGAUCUUGUGAUUGGCACGCGGUCCAUCCAAAAGGAGAAGCUGCUAAACCCUCCGAAUCUGAUGAAUGAGCAGAAAAUCCAUGGCUUGGCCAAGCCUUCUGACAAGAAGCGGGAAUCACUCGUCCAUGACAUCAGAACCCUCGAGGCCGACAAAAAGAAAGCCGAGAAAGGCUUAGAAGAUACCAAGGAAGGCACAAAGGAGCAUGCUUAUGCGGAGAAGACAUUGAAGAAGGCUAAGAAUGCCCUGAAGAUCGCCAAUUGGAAGUUGGAGAUCCACGACGUGGGCCUUGACCUGAAGAAGAACAACUCGGAGAAGACACAGAGGGCGCUGAUUGAUAAGAAGAAGGGCCUGGAAGCAAAGGUGGGAGGGAAGGAAAAGAAGGAGAAGUAG